CACAUACAUAUAUAUAUUUGAUGAGCAUGAUUUCUUACACUUGGAACCUCAAGCAGUUUCUUUCAACUGCUGAGUUGUGAAUGCUCUCAUUCCAAUUUAAGCUCUGUCAAAAUCAAUCCGUUACCCAAUUCUCUUCUACACACCGGCAAUCCCUAGGUCCUUCCCUUGGACCCAAAUUUUUCCCUUGCAAAAAAUUAACAGGAGAAGAAGAAAAAAGAACUCUGUUGAUUUUUUCCCCUGUUGCCGAGCCGAGGAACUAGGAAGCCAUGGAGGGCCAUCGAGUGUCAACAUCAGCGGCCCACAAGGCCGCGCUUUGUGAUAUCUGUGGUGAUGUAGGUGUCAUUGAGGCGAUUGUCACUUGCGCAAGAUGCAAGGUUAAUUGUGAACACCUUUACUGCAUGCGCAUCGUCGCUUAUGAAUACCCAGAAAUUUGGUAUUGUGAUGAUUGCAAGUCCAUAAAUCAAGAAGUGGUCCAGAAUUCUGUUACAAAGGAAGAAGUUGCCAAGGAGUCAGCUUCAAAUACAAGUAAAAUGCUGGACCAAGAUUCUACUGAUAAGCUCCCAAACGAUUCAGUGCAGAUCUGCAUGGACGGGAAAAAGCAGACUAUUUCUGGUAAAAGUGAAACCUCUUUCUCUAGAACUUGCAGGCAAAUGCCCAUAUCUUCAAGUACUGCUAUUUUCUCUAUUUGAGCCCUUCAAUUUUAUGGUGGUAACUAGUAAAUUUAUUCCCUAAUCUUUUAGGUUCUUUUCUUUACUCUUUAACUCUAGUCAUUAAUCCAAGUUCUCAGAUUGCAUGCAUCUGUAUCCUGUAUUCUUCGUAUUGUUGUUUGGUUUGCUAUCAAUCUCUUUCCAUGUUCUGAGAUUUGAGCUACAUCUACUAUAUGGAUGCAUAAUAUGGAUUCAAUAAAGAAUCCUUUGAUCUCCUGCAGAUCAAGAUUAUACUGUCAUUUCCUAUAAUACUCUCUAGUUUUCUAUGUACAUACACAUAUUGGUACAGUAAAUAACAUUUGUUUGCUUCCUGUUUUUAAGUGAACAUUAGCCAAAAAUGAUUUCCUGUUUUUGAAGAUGAUUCAUUUUCAAAAAAAAAAAUAAAAAUGAUUCGAGUCCUGAGAUUUGGAAACCUUUCAUAUUUCCGUUUUCAACUAUUCUUCCCUGCAAUCUACAGAGGUAAAUAUGAUUGAGGAUGUUUCAGUCACAGGAGGAGAUGCUAGUAAAAAGAUAUGUGUGCAUUCUUCUGAUGCAGUACCUUGGAGUGCAGACACUUUUAAGAGUUGCGAAACUAUUCCUUCAAAGCUUCAGUCCCCAGUUUCAGUACAUUCGACCAAAGAUGCUGACAAUUUCCAUGACACUGCCGGUUCCAUGAAGACGAAAGAAAGAGGAAAUAUGCAUGAGGAUCAUAUGGAUAUGGCUAUUGAAGAGUUAGAAUGUCGACGUUCUUGUUUAAACAAGUUCAUGCGUGAAACAGGUGAAGCUAAGAGAAAAUGCUGCGAGCUCCUGGAUGAGAAUCAUAAGCUUAAAGCGAAGGUAAAGCAUAUGGAUCAACGAAUGGCUGAACUAGAAGCAGAAAUUGUUCGUCUGAAGAGUGAGCUCUAUGGCCAUGAAAUUGAUUGGUUGGGAGUACUCCAAACUGAUCCCGAAGCUGAUGAGGCUGCAAUCAAGAAGCAAAGAUUUGAGCUUGUUCGCUCACUUGUUCCUGACGAGACCAAGUUGGCAGAUGUUGCUGAUGCUUGUAAAAUGAUUAGUGAAGGUCAGAAGGAUGGAGGUAGUGAAACUGAGGAAACAUCUAAGGAUAUGGUUGUGCUCGAGUAUGAGGUUAGUUCCGAGGAAAUUGAAAGACUUGGCCCUGAUUUUAGUGACUUUGACAAAGAUAGAAAGAAGGAAUGUUUUGCAGCUGGACAGUUGUGGGCUGUUUAUGAUUUUAGUGGCAUGCCUAGGCUCCAUGCAAUAAUAACCAGAGUCAUCUCCGGUUCAUAUACACUGCUACUCACCUGGUUGGAACCAGACCCUUCUGAUGAGGAACAAGAAAAGUGGGUUUCAGAAGGCUUGCCGGCAUCCUGUGGCAAGUUUAAAGAAGGUCCACCCGAUACCAUCAACGAGCAUGGGAUUUUCUCCCAUCUGGUCCUGGAUAAGAUCAGCAGGGGAGGAAGUUUUGAGAUUUAUCCAAAAAAAGGGGACACUUGGGCUCUUUUUAAGGGAUGGGAAAAUUGGCAUUCUGAUCCACAGGAGGACGAGGAUUUUGAGUAUGAGUUUGUUGAAGUUCUUUCAGACUAUGAAGACGAAUGUGGUGUAGAUGUUGCAUACAUGGCUAAGUUGAAAGGUUUUGCAUGUCUUUUUUGUAGGAUGAUGAACGAUGGUAAAGGGUCCUUCCGAAUUCCUGCAAAGCAUAUUUAUAGGUUCUCUCACAGGGUUCCUUCUUUUAAGAUGAGUGGGAAAGAGCGUAUAGGUGUUCCUUGUGGUUCUUUUGAGCUUGACCCUGCUUCCUUGCCUUCUGAAAUCGAUGAAAUUGAUCCUCUCACUGCUUUAUCAAUGUUCUGAACCUAGCAAAGGUAGUCUUAAAUCACCAGAUAACUUCGGUGACAACUCAUCUUCGCCAAAAAAAUUCUGAAACUCCCAAUCCAAUAUUUCUGAGUUUGAUGCUGUGAAGUCGAUGGAAAAGUUCCAUGUUGACCGGGUAUGCCCAUUCUACUGUGAUGAAGAUACGUUGAACUGUUUUCUCAUCAGCUGCGAGUUACCAGAAACAAGUUUAUGGCAUUUACUCAGAGAAAGGUGAGGCCUUGGGAUUAUACAAGAAUAGAACAUUCACAUGACUUGUUCAGACUUUGACAACUGUGACUAUGAAAUCGUCGAAAUCCUGUUCAAGAAGGACUUAGGUUAUGUAUAAUCGUUCCGUUUCUAGAUCAGGUGAAUCGUUUCAGGACUGUUUUCAGGUGGAAACCCGAUAAACUGUUCAUUUCUUAGGAAGAAGAUACCAUUGGCUGAGCUGCCUAACUAGAUUCAGCCACCAGAUACCCGUAUUUUACCUCAUGAAAGUUUUGGCAGGACCAAGUUUUUUUUUUUUUUUUUUUUUCUGCAUUUCCAAAGUUCCUUCUAGUAUUUUGGUUUAUGUAGUGCUGCCCCUGCACUUUUGCUUGUAGUUAAUGCCAGUUGCCAAACAUAGCAACAUGUUUUGCCAAACCUGAUUGAAAAUACCUGAAACCGACAGGACUCUUGCCACCACUAGUUGAAAAUUAAGAAGUUGUAACAGUGGGAAAAGUAAGAGCCAAAAAUUGCUAAAAUUUAGU